AUGACCGAGCUCCAACAGGUCACAUUCACGCCGGACGUACUUGCCCGUAUUGCUCCCGAUGUAUCACUCCAAAGACAUUUGGCUGUUGGUGUUAGGCCGAAUUUGAGAAAUGUUAAUGAAUAUAGAGCUAUAGAGUUUGGUGACAGCAAAAGUUUGGAAAAUAGUUCUGAUUUGGUGUUUGGGUCUUCGAUCCUAAAGAGUGGUACAACUACAAUAAUAAAUACAUUGAGUUUGCUGAUUGUGGAGAACCUCAACACUGGCUCUCUGGAACAGCAGAAGUAUGCCACCAUAUAUCCGCAAGUUGAAAUACUACGGGGUAGGUCUGGUGCACCUACUGAAGAAGAGAUGAUUCUCAGUCAGGAUCUUUUUUAUUCCUUGAGGCACUGUCGUGUGAUUCCAGCUCUGGCAUUGAGAAUUGACAAUCUAGGUAUCUUGGUAAAAGAUGAUGGUGAGCAUGAAGAUAAAGAUGAGGAUAUGCAAGAUGCAGAAGAGAAGAAGUCGGUUGGUGAUCAAAUUUUGUACCCUGACUUGGAUGAGUCUCAAUGGCAAUAUAUCAACCUUUCGAGUUUGCAUUCCAAGAGCCUUUCGUUUGCGGUUUUUCUGAGUAUUAAAGUUUAUCUGAGGGACAUAAGCACGAAUUCACUUUUUGAUUUAUGUUUUACUUCUUGCUUGAAAGCUCUUCAAGGGUUAUCGCUUCCGCGUUGUUAUGUCGACGACGCGCUUAGUGCCAAAAUCUCUAUUAGAUCCCGGAAAUCGAAUGCUCGUGGAACCAUGGAGAGUAGUCGAGGAAAUGUGAAGUUGGAUUUGCGUCAGGAGAUGCAAACUUUGUUGCAAUUGAAUUUACCGCCACAUACGGUGGCUAGUAAUUUCGGUUUGAUUGAGGAUAACAACGGGCGAGUUAUUAUGUUGAGCGAUUUGGAAGGAGAAGCUGAGGAAUCCACAGUGUUAUCGAGAAUCUCCAUCAUCAAUAACGACAAGAGUAUCAACAAGAUAAGUUUGGUGAGCAAUGGAGCAAUCACGUUAGAUUCGUUACGAGAAGCUAUUCACAUUUCAAAAGCACGCUCAAAAGUUGCUUAA